AGAGCCCCAUCUAAAAUGACUUCAAUGGAAACACAACCUUCUGACUUUCUUUGUCUCCCACAGCUCCACACUGACAAGAAACAGAUUAGUGUGGGUUUCAUUGGCUACCCUAAUGUGGGAAAGAGCUCGGUCAUCAACACCCUGCGGUCUAAGAAAGUCUGCAAUGUGGCCCCCCUCGCCGGAGAGACCAAGGUGUGGCAGUACAUCACUCUGAUGAGACGCAUCUUCCUCAUUGACUGUCCUGGGGUCGUCUAUCCGUCAGAAGACAGCGAGUCUGAUAUCGUCCUGAAAGGAGUUGUUCAAGUGGAGAAAAUCAGAGUCCCGGAGGAGCACAUCGGGGCAGUGUUGGAGCGGGCUAAGCCAGAAUACAUUCAGAAGACGUACCGCAUCCCCACCUGGAACUCUGCUGAAGACUUCCUGGAGAAGCUGGCUUUCCGCACCGGGAAACUUAUGAAGGGCGGCGAGCCGGACAUCUCCACAGUUGCCAAAAUGGUGUUGAACGAUUGGCAGAGAGGACGUAUCCCCUUCUUUGUAAAACCCCCCGGUGUUGAUGGGGAACACGAGGGCAAGGCGCCAGUGCCAGUUGAAGGCCCCUCAGAGGCAGUAGAGGUGGUGAUGGAGGAACAGACAGACAAUCCUGAAGCCGUCCCGGAGGAACAGGACGAAAAGAAGCAGAGACAGAAGGAGCGGGUCCAGAAGAUUAUCUCUAGUGUGAAACAGAACUUCGGGAAGAUCAACGUGGCCCCAGAGUUCAAUGAAGAAGACUUGGUUCCUGUGGAGAUGCCUGACCUGGGACUGUCUGACCUCUCAGGCUCUGACGGGGAAGGAGAGGGAGACAGUGAAGAGGAGGAGGAGGAGGAAGAAGAAGAAGAAGAAAAAGAAAAAGAGAAAGAAGAAGGGAAAGACGGAACCAGUGUGGAACCAGCCGAUGGAGAGACUGAGGCCCCAGAGCCCACGACCGCUCCGACCGACAAGAAGAAGCCACGCGCGACGAUCCGUCAGCUGGAUGAAAAGAUCAACAAGUACAAGCAUUUCCUGGACCGGGCCCAAAACAAGUGCUUCUCAUCAAUCCGGUAAGACCACACUCACUU